CUGCUGCCCGUCCUGGCUGAUGUGGGGAGGCUGCGGGUGGGCUGGGAGAGAGGUGGAGAUGUCACCGCGUGAGCGGCAUAGGGGGGACCCAGGUGUGCGGAGAGGAUGGGCCGAAAGAAGCGUCCCGCGUGGGGAGGGGCGGGAGGAUGAGGCUAGAGCUGGGGGUGGUUUUCAAGGAGUGAGUAUGUUUCCUGUGACUCAUGAAUGUUACUUUUGGGAAUAUAUCCUAAGGAAUAUAUAUAUAAAUAUAAAUAUAUAAAGAACACACUUCAUUCCUGCACAAAGACCUGUAUCAAAGUGUUACUUAUAAUAGGAUAAAGUUGGCGACAGCCUGGGUGUUUCAGCAGUGAGAGUUCAGUGACUAUUAAGUGAAUAUUAAGUGACCUCAAAAUAUAAUUUGUAAAAUUUUUUAAAUAACAUGAGGAAGUGCUAAUAAAUAAUAACCCAAAUGUUAAGUGAAAAAAUGUACGAUAUGAUUGAAAAAUUUAACAACCAAAACCUAUACAGAGAAAAAAGUUGAAAGGAUGCAGUCAUGAUUUUCUUUGGAUGAAUGGAUUUUUAUGAAUUUCUCCUUUUACUUUUCUAAACCCUCCCCCCCAAAUUAACUGUAAAUAACUUGUAAUUCUUUUUGAGUUGAAACAUAAUAAAUUUAGAAACUUAGAAAAACAAGGGUAUGUACCUCUGUUUAAACCUCCUGGAAAUGCUCUAAUACACCUAAGCCCCUUGAUUUUCACCAUGAGUUGUCUUUAAAGAAGAUUACGAACAGCAAUUAAAUGGUUAUGUAUUGAGCAGUAGAUCCUGGUUCUGACCACCUCUUCUCCUGGUCUUUUCUCUCUCUAAAACACCCUAUCACAGUGUAGAAGUCAUUUGGCUAGGCUUUGUGGGGAAUCAAAGAUAAAUAAGAUAUGGCUCCUGAUUUCAGAAAGCUCCUAGUCUGCCUGGGGGUUGAGAGACCAACAGGUACACAGCUUCAAGAAAAUUGUAAAAUUUUUAAAAAAGAAUAAUAGGGAAACUCUUGUUCCAACCUUGAUCCUCUUGGCCUUCUGAUUUUUUCACAGGGAGCUGCUUUGGUUUCAACUACUAACCCUAUGCCAAAAAAAAAGAACCUAUUGCCCUGAUUCCAUUCUGACACAUAGCAGCAGUUACCAGUUAAGAGCUUUAACCACUACACCACCAGGGCUCCUUAACGCCAUGCCAGUGACUCCCAAAUCCUUACCUCUAACUGCCUAAGAUACACAUACUACCUCACAGACUUCUUGAAUGAAGCACAUCUAAUACUAAACUAAUCACACACAGCCAUCUAAACUUGGAAGCAUGUUCUUCCUUUAGCUUUGCUUAAUGGUUCAGCAGUUUCCCAAGCUAAAAAUCUCCAUUUUAUCCUUGAUUUUUCUUUCUCCCUUACCACUCAUAUUCUAGCUGAUAUUAUCUAUUCCAUCUGCCUCAGAAAUAUCGCUUGAAUCUGGUCCCUUUGUCUACUGAAAUAGCUGCACACUUGGUUUACUUUCUCAUUGUGGCAUUCAAACUAUUCCAUAGCUUCUUAUUAAACUUGGCAACUUUCUUCCUUCUUAGGUCCAUCUUGCACAUUGUCACAUGAAUGUGUACUGGUUUCCCCAAAUUCCAAAUUCCUUAGCAGGUCCUUUAUGAUGGGGGAGAAAAGGUCGGAAAGGUAGACCAAUAUUAAGUGAUAUAAAGCCCUAAAUGCCUUGCUAAGACAUUUUGAAAUAACUUAUUUUUUUUAUAUACUCUAGGCUGUGGAGACCUAUCACAGGUUUUUGAACAAAAGAGCAAAAUAAUUUAAAACUUUUUUUUUUAAAGAUAAUUCUGUCCAGCCACACAUAUUGUCUAGGAAAGAGAAGAGACUGUUACCAAGGAGACCUCUCCUUGUUCAGUAAAAUGGGAGAAGUGGUCAGGACCUGGAUUAACACAAUGUCACGAGGAGUGGAAAGGAAUGAAGCAUUUUUGUAAUUGCUGUUAGGUUUUUAGGAAAAAUAUGCCAAAUUUCUUCUUGUCCCAAAGAUGAAAAUAUGAAAGUAAUUCUUCUAAAAGCCUCAGUAGCCUUUAUUAUUUUGUUUUCCCUUAUUCACAAAUUCUUAGGUGCUACCCCUGGCCACACACACCCUCAAUGGCAUUAGACUGAAUUGGGUGGCCUGUUGUUAUAAUUGGCCCGUAGGAAUUUUCUCUGCCCAGGAAGAUGGAUCGUGCAGCAUUUAUCAAUGGAAGUCUUUUGAAAAGUGCAUGAAUAGAUCUUAGGAGAAAACAUAUAUUAUACAGACCAGUGGGAUAGAGAUUGCAGUUUUUUUCAUUAGUAAUGACAGGGGACUUAUUUUUCCAUCUAGCAAGCCACUGCAGAACCACUUAAUCUGACAUCAGCGAGAAUGCAUAACGUCUUUUUGCAGAAUCUUAUUAGUAAACGAUUCUAAGAGCAAGGAUGAAGCUAGCAAGGAGGUAUGAGAAAUAAUUCACAGAUAAAUUAAAAGCAAAUCACCAGGCAGUGUGGUAGAGAAUACAUUUCUUUGGAUUUAGAGUCUGAAGACUUCUCAAGUUUUGUCUUUAACACUUACUACUCAGUGAUUAAAUAAAACAAGGCUGAAAAAUGUCAGUUGGAUUCGGUGACACCGAUGGCACUGGUGGCUUGGUGAGAGCUCUUUUGGAGAGAUGGGAAUAGACUCGGAUUGGAGUGGGUUAAGAGAGUAAGUGGUGAAGAAAUAGCACUGCAAAUUCAGACAACUCUUUGAUAACUAAUCAGAUUAAAUAUGUUUGUUGAUCAUUUGUGUUCUUUUGUAAAUUGCCUGUGGAUAUUCUAUGGCCUUUUUAAAAUUUUAAAAUUUAGGAUAUUUGCCUUUUUAACUGGUUUGUAAGAGCUUAUUGUAAAACUUUCUUUGUCAAAAAAUAAGUAAGUAAAGAGGAUCCCACUUUAUCUCUUAAUACCACCCCACCCCAUCUCAGGAGCCCUGGUGGCGCAGCGGUUAAGAGCUAAGCUGGAAACCAAAAGGUCAGCAGUUCGAAUCUACCAGCCACUCCUUGGAAACCCUAUGGAGCAGUUCUACUCUCUCCUGUAGAUUCGCUGGAAGCUGGAACUAGAGGUGCCCCCAAAAUAUAUUUUGGCUGCAUACCUAAUGGACUAGUGUGAAACCCAAUAUUCUACAGAGAUAACCUUUAUCAGAAAGGAUGGAGUUGGGGAAAGGAAAACUUCUCAGAACUGGACUAAAUGCAUUGUAUCAAGCAGUACACCCAGUUCAUGGCCUUGCCUGGACCGAUGGGACUCAAGUAGUCCUGACUGAUUUACAGCUUCACAGUGGAGAGGCCAAGUUUAGGGACUCGAAGGUCAUUGGGCAGUUUGAACACGUCUAUGGGCUGUCCUGGGCCCCACCUGGUACAGCAGAGGAGCCCACUCUGCUCGCUGUCCAGCACAAGAAGCAUGUCACUGUGUGGCAGCUGUGUCCCAGCACUACGGAGACAAACGAACGGGUGAUGUCUCAGACCUGUGAGAUUAGAGAGUCACUCGCUGUCCUUCCCCAGGGCUGUGUGUGGCACCCAAAAAGUGCUGUACUGACUGUGUUGACUGCGUGGGAUGUCUCUGUUUUCCCUAAUGUUCACUGUGACAAUUCUCGGAUAAAAGUGGACCUCAACACUCAGGGCCACAUUCACUGUGCAUGUUGGACCCAGGAUGGCCAGAGGCUGGUGGUGGCCGUAGGCAGCAGCCUGUAUUCCUACAUUUGGGACAGUGCGCACAAGGCUCUUCACAGGUGCUCCUUCUGCCCAGUGUUUGAUGCAGACAGCUACAUCCGCGCCAUCAGAGCCACUGUGGACUCACAGGUUGCUAUAACCACUGAGCUUCCACUAGAUAAGAUUUGUGGCUUAAAUGCAUCUGAAACCUUUGACAUCCCGACUAGUGGCAAAGACACUUACCUGUAUACUUUACCGGUUAUUGGUGAAGUGCCCUCAGUGGAUAAAGGGGCAGACACUUCUGAAACAAAUUCUGAAAUACCAGUCUCUCCUUCCUUUUCUUCUGCCUCCUCAGAUCCUCUGGAUCUAACUCACGUACGUUUCAAUAAAUCUGGAUCUCAGGGCAGUUCUCUUAUUUGUCUAAGAAAAAAGGACUACUUGACAGGAACUGGCCAGGAUUCUUCACAUUUGGUCCUUGUGACCUUCGAGAAAGAGGUUACCAGGACCAGAAAAGUGACCAUUCCAGGCAUUCUGGUUCCUGAUCUAAUGGCAUUUAGUCUUAAAGCUCAGGUAGUGGCAGUGGCUUCCAGUACUUGUAACAUCAUCUUGAUCUAUUCUGUCAUCCCAUCUUCUAUGCCAAACAUUCAGCAGAUUCAAUUAGAAAGUAAUGAGAGACCCAAAGGCAUAUGUUUCUUGACAGAUAGAUUAUUAUUAAUUUUAGUAGGAACACAAAAAUCCACUGAUACGGCGUUCCUUCCUUCUUCAAAGUCUGACCAAUAUAUCAUUCGCUUGGUCGUUAGAGAAAUAAAGUUGGAAGAAGGAUCUUUAGUGACCUCAAGUGAAGGCCAGAGUGGCUAUUCUACUUUCAGUUCUCUGUUAAAUAAAGCAAACAGAAGAAAGCUAAUUGAAAGUCUUUCCCCAGAUUUUCAUCACCAAAACACAGGGCUCUUGUUAAGAGCUAGUACCAGUAGUCAAAGUGGAAGUCCUGGAAGAACCCUUAUUAAAGAAACCAAAAGUCCUCUAUCCAGUAUCUGUGAGGGCUCCAUUGCCCUAGAAUCUCUCGAUGCAGAGCCUGUUAAUCGGUCAGCCUCAAAGCCCUGGCUGAGCAGCGCACCAGAGUCCUCGGCAGCUCAGUUUAACCAUUCCCAAGAGCCUCCUUAUAUGCCUCAAAGAAAAAACUUACAAAGGGAGAAGGAAGCUUAUCUGAUAUCUAAGAAACUGGAAGUUCUAUCCAGGAAUCUGACUGAAAUGCAGCGAUGUCUUUCUGAACUCAUGAACUGUCUUCAUAAUGGGAAGAAGCCCUCUCCGGGGUAUCCACUCUCUCAGGAUCCCCCUUAUGUUCACAUCAUUUACCAGAAACCUUAUUACGCAGGUCCUGUUGUUGAAAGAAGAGCUGUGCUUCUCUGCCAUGGCAAACUAAGGCUCAGCACGCUUCAGGAGACGUUUGGCCUCUCCCUCAUUGAAAUGCUGCAGGACUGCCUCUGGAUCCUUCUCUCUGCUGACAGCGAAGGCUUCAUCCCAUUAACUUUCACAGCCGCACAGGAAGUAAUCAUAAGAGAUGGCAAACUGUCCAAGUCAGAUGUCUUCAGAGUCCCUUUUCCUCAGAAUCUGGAUCCUGACCCUUCUCUUGAAGUCUUUAGAGACCAUACUGCUCAAACGUUAGAUACCACUGGCUAUUCUAACCUUUUAGGCAGCACAGCGUGAUAUUUGUCUGUAGAGUAUUUGCUGUAUAGCUUUUCAGAUGACACCAUUAAAACAAGGUCUGUUUUCCACUGUGAAUUCUAUUGCAGGUCAAAUUUUCACUGUCGUUUAGAAGUGAAGCGCUUGUCAUGGCUGGGUCUUCCGGUUUUCCCCUGGGCUGUGUGGCAGCAGAGUUCAGUCUCUGUUAGAUGACUUAGAAAGUGGUUGUUCAUGUAUUUAUGACUGUUGUGGUUUUGUCUAAGGGCAGAGUUCCCAGAACAAAACAAUGUGAUGGUGCCAUAUGGAUUGUGAGUUUUGGUUUCUCUGAGGCUUUAUGCCCCUUGCCCAAAGCUGUGUUCAGGCUGUCUUAGGAGUACUUACAGUGAUGUCUCAGCACUGUUAGAGGUCUUUUCCUUGGCUUAGAGAUGAGGGUAAGGAGUACAGGACAGCAAAUGCUCCAGCACACCUAUUUCCCCCAAACCACCACGAGCCAGCAGAGCUCAUAGGAAGAUAAAACCAGUUGGCUUCUGCUCCCAGGGCUGCCUGACUCAUGCAGUAGUUCUGGUGUUGGCUGGACCUCCCAGUAUUGAAACCUGACCCUAAAAAUCUCUGGCUGGCAAAGGACCAGAUACAUCUAAACAUUGGCUUUGAGCUUCUUCCAUUCACUUUAUAAGUCCAUUAAGUAACUUGAGAAGUGCUUCAACUCCUCUGGACCCCACAGGAGCAUGUACUGGUGCCACCAGAGCGAUGCCAAGCUCAGGCGAGGCCCAAGGCGUGAUUCUGUGCUAUCAUCACUCAUGGUUUUCUCCCUGAAAUGCUUUUCAGUUUAAACUCAUAAGCAACCUUACAGGACAGAGUAGAACUGCCCUGUAGAGUUUCCAAGGAGCACCUGGUGAAUUCGAACUGCUGACUUUUUAGUUAGCAGCCAUAGCACUUAACCACUACACUACCAGGGUUUCCACUUUUCAGUUUGGGGAUCAUAAAAUUUUCAUAUUUCCUCCCAAUAGCCACUCCAUUAGUUAAUUUAUUUGUCACUUUAGUUUUGAUAUUCUUUUCCCUCCAUUUAAGUCUUAGAGACCAGCAUAGUGUCUGUGAGAGAAAGUACAAUAAAAAUUUGGAAAUUUUACUGAAUCUGAGGUAGCUCUAAUGCGUACCAGUUGAUUAUACCUAAGGGCUAAAGUGCCAGCCUUGUACUGCAGAAAGAGCCCUGAUUGCCAGAUAGACACCACUGCUCCUGCUCUCGAGCAGAAUGAUCAAUUCUACUUACGGCAGCACAACAAAUUGAUCCGCGUGUGGCUAAUCAGAGCACAUAUGCAGAUAAAUUGUUUCAGCUAUAGAAGCUCCAUUAGCACAUACGUAUCUUUUUCACCCUUUUCUUUAAAAUUAUCCGGGAAGAAAAUAUUUUGUACCCUUGGGCACUCCUGUCUGUCUGUUUCCGUUUAUGAAGAUGGAGCAGGGAGAGGAAGAAAGCGAGGGCCAUUUUGUGGUUCAAAUGCAUUAGACAGCUGCUGGGAUAAUGGAAGUGGAGGCCACUUGUCUGUGAUCAGCUGCCUCAGAGCAGUGGCUGAGGCUAGUCUGCGGCCUGGAUCCAUUUGGGAAGGAAGUGACUGGGUGUGAUGAAGUCACAACUAUUCUGAAGCCUAAAGAGGGGGUGGGGGACUCUUGAGUGAGAUCUGUGUGAGUCCUCAAGAUGUGUGUUAUAAUCGCCAUUUCUCUGGUCUAAUGCUUGUGGACGAGUCUUCAAUAAAAUCACUAAUGUUUGUUGUGGCUGUUGUGAAUGUUUUCAUGGUAUUUUCUUUGUGAUUAUUGCUACUAUAGAGAAAUGCUACUGAUUUUACGUGUGUGUAUAUUGUCUCUGUAGUUCUGGUAGACAGUUCAGAAUAUAAAUUAUCUGUGUCUUUACAAAAAAUCUGAUUCCAUGGCAACUCAGGUACAAGAGACAUCUCAUUGGCCUCUCCUGCUAUGACAGUCAUUGAAACCCUAGAAGGUAAUGCAGCGUUUGCCGACUCUUCAGACAUGAAGAGAAGAGCUAAGUUCUCUAAGUUAAUUGUUUAAUGUUUUAUUGAAAAUAUUUUGCGUAAUGAAAGAUAUUAUUUACUUAUCCCAUUUUGCACCCAAAUUUUUCUAAAGUUUGUAUAGAUAAUAUAUGAUACAUGCAAUAUGUAUAAGGUAUAAGCCCAAAAAAAACCAAACCCAUUGCCAUCAAAGUCAAUUCUGACUCACGGUGAUCGUCUAGGACAAAGUAGAACUGCCCCACAGGGUUUCCAAGGAGCGGUUGGUGGGUUCUAGAUGCAGUCCUUUUGGUUAGCACCUGAACUCUUAACCAUUGUGCCACCAGGGUUUCCAUAUGAAGUAUAUAAAAAAAAAAAAAAUUGCCAUCAAGUUGAUUCUGACUCAUAGUAACCCUAUAGGGCAGAGUAGUCCUGCCCCAUAGAGUUUCCAGGGAGCGCCUGGUAAUUUGAACUGCCGACCUUUUGGUUAGCAAACAUAGCACUUAACCAGUGUGCCACCAGGAUUUCCAUAUAAGGUAUAAAAAAAAGGCUUAAUAAUAUAAUGAAGCACUCACUACCUAACUUAAGAACCAGAACACUACGAGAAACGCUGAGUUUCCCUGUGUGUCCCUUCUUUAUUCCAUCUCCAUAGCUCCACCGCUGAGAUAACUAACCCCUUGAUUGCUGUAACGAUCAUUUCGUCAUUCCUUUCCUUUAAAAAAAAAAAGUUUCGCCACAUAUAUGUGCUAGGCUAAACAAUAUGAUGAGCUUUAUAUGUGAAGAUGGUACUGUAUUAUAUAUAGUCUCCUGUGACUUGCUCUUUUUUCCAUUCUACAUUGUUUCAGAUUCAACCGCCUGGAUAUGUUUAUGUUACUUUCAGUGUUUUGUAAUUACCACAGUUUAUCCAUUUUCUUGCCAUGCACAUUUGGAUUGUUUCCUGGUUCUAUUUUAGUGUGUAUAUACAAUAUUGUGUUGAAUACUCUUGUAACCGUCUUCUAAUGUAAGUGUUUGAAGAGACUAGAGUCUUUUAUCCAAAAGUGGAAAUGCUAGGUCUUAGGUGUGUGCAAGCUGAACUUCAUAGUGCCAUGAAGCCUUUAUGAGAUAAUACCAAGAUAGUUAUAUCAAUUUUCACUCCCAGCAGCAAGGUAUCAUAGCACCUAUUGUUCUACAUGCUCAGUGCAUCUUACUUUAUGACAAUCUAGUAGUUUUAAAUGGUACCUCACUGGUGGGUUCGAAUUGCUGACCUUUCGGUUAGCAGCCGAGCACUUAACCACUGGGCCACCAGGGCUGUUAUCAUAGUGGUAAAAUUUUUAUAAAGUACAAGGAAAGCACAGUAGAGAUUAGAGAGUGCUGGGGUUAGGGGGUGAUCAGGGAAGCAGGAAAGCCUCUCUGAGGAUGUGACAUUUUGGCAGUGACCUGAUCAUGUGAGG